CGAGGCUGGGCGGGGACUGGUGAGGAAACAUCUCUGAUUGGAGGGAGUGGGCGUGGUUCCGCUCUGUAGGAAGAGGCAACAGGAAGCUCCACGUGCGUAUCAAGGAGCUCUUACAAGGAAAAUGCAGUCUAAGGAUAAAACCACCAAGGAGCGAGCCUCUCCAUGGAGGAAAAGGCAACUCGAUGAUUCCAGCCAGAAAGAAGUCUCCAUUGAGGAAGAGCUGAAAGCCAAAAACCUGAAGGUUCUCGAUGAGAAGUCGGCUGUAGAGAAAUGUUUGGAGGAUUUGGUGUUUGGUGGCCAGGAUGAGUUUGUGGAAAGGCUCAUGGGCGAGAGAAAGACCAGAGUUGAUGUCAGCGCAGAUCUUCUGGAGAGCGACUCCGAUGAUGAUGAACUUACAAAGAAAAGCACAUCAACCAAGAAGCCGGUUUGGGUUGAUGAAGACGAUGAGCUGGAAGAAAGUGUUGAGAUGACCCAUCGGUAUCGGAAAGACAUCAUGAAGAGUAAAGUGGAGAUGUCCCUAAGCAAAGAAAAGCUUCAAUCAAGACUUCAAGACGAAUUCCAGAAAGCGAUGGGUGGAGUUCCUUCUUGGGCAUCCUCUGACUCCAAGAAACGAGUUUCUAAAGAAGAUGAAGAUGACAGUGAAGAUGACGAUGAUGAAGACAACUUGUUGCGUAAAACUGGAGAUAUGUUGGGGAAGUCCACUUCACUUCCAAAAGGCAUUUUAGAGAUAAAGCCGUGCUUGAAUGCUAAUAAUGAAAGGAAGUCUGCAGGGCCGCUCACCACAGUGCAGUUCCAUCCCUCUGCACAAGUUAUUAUGACAGCCGGCUUGGACCGAUCCGUCUCCCUGUUUCAGGUUGAUGGCAAAUUAAACCCCAAGAUUCAAAGCAUCCAUUUGGAAAAAUUUCCUGUUUAUAAGGCUCGGUUCAGUGCUGAUGGGGAACAAGUAAUUGCCACAGGAUUGCGACAGAAAAUGUUUUACGUGUACGACAUGAUGGGAGGCAGUAUUAUACCUGUUCCCAGGAUAAGAGGCUUGGAGGAGAAAUGUUUUCAAGAGUUUCAAGUGUCUGCAGAUGGAACGUACCUGCUGCUCAAUGGGACUUCUGGAUAUUUACAUCUGCUGUCGAUGAAGACUAAGGAGCUGAUUGGAAGUAUGAAGAUGAAUGGAAAAGCUAUAAAAGCGGCCUUCACAGCGGACAGCAGUAAAAUCUUCUCAAGUUCAAGUGACGGUGAGGUGUAUAUUUGGGAUGUUAAAAGCAGGCGUUGCCUUAACCGGUUUCAAGACGAUGGCAGCUUAUGUGAGACGUCUUUAGCACUGUCAAAGAAUGGUCGCUUUGUAUCCUGUGGCUCCAGCUCCGGGGUGGUGAAUAUCUACAACUACGAUGACUGUCUGCAAAGCACAAACCCAAAACCGAUGCGAUCGAUCAUGAAUCUCGUGACAACCGCCUCAUCGCAGGUGUUCAGCCCUCAAACCGAAAUCUUAGCCGUGGCGUCUCACACGAUGGACGACGCUGUCAAAUUAGUUCACAUUCCCUCCUUUACAGUCUUUUCAAACUUUCCGGUACAAGGCAAGAGGAAAAAAAUUCACCUGGCCCGUGCAAUGGAUUUCUCCCCACACAGCGGUUUCUUCUCCAUCGCAAACAACAGAGGUGAAGCUUUACUGUACAGAUUAAAGCAUUACUCUGAUUUCUAAGAAUGGAAAGACAAAAUGGUCUGCCGUGGUGUUAAAAAUGAACAUUAAAACUCCAUUUAUCUUUCUGCA